AUGGCGACCUGGCGUCCACCACCCGAUUCGCCGGGCUACAUUCUAGAGAGACUGAACAUCGCGCUUAUUGUCGUCUCCUCGGUUACUAUGUUCGCGAGAAUGGGGAUCCGGAUAUUUAUUCUUCGGUCGUUGGGAUGGGAUGAUUUGAUCGCAUGCGUUGCGUUUGUUUUACUGCUGGCAUAUUCGGCGAUGAAAAUUAUAUCCGUCUCUAUGGGGGCGGGAACUCAUAUCGACGAAGUCCCCCAGGACCAGCUUGAUGAUUUCUUCGAAGUAAGACAAGCUUUCGACCCUUACUCCACCAAGCAGGCUUUUGUUAACGAACAUUACGAUCAGUUUUUACCUACAUUCUCAUUGUUAUUCUUUGUCGAAAUCGCCAUGAUACGCUUCUCUGUUAUCGCCUUCUACAUGAAGUUGAGUAGUGACAGAUGGUACCGUUGGGGUUUAUAUGCUCUAGCUUUUAUUAACCUCUCCGUGACGUUGAUUGUCUUCUUUGUUUUUCUCACCGAGUGCGAUCGUAUUUCCGAUCUAUGGGAGGUCACGGCCCCAAACCGACAUUGUAUGAGUAAACCAGCGGAAAGGAGAUUAUUUUGGUCACACGGAAUUAUUGGCGUCAUUCUCGACCUUGGCCUCCUUGUCCUACCCGUCACGCUUAUCUGCAUCGUGAUGAAAUUUUCGAAGAAGAGGGCUCAAGUGCUUCUCGUUAUCUGCGUCGGUAUACUGGCUCUUAUCGCAGGAAUUAUGCGUGUCACCUACCAUAUAAUGAUCGAUUUCUCCACAGACCCGACAUAUAAGCUGUACCGCGUCGGCAUAUGGGUGGACUUGGAGGGUCAUCUGGGACUCUGGACAGCCUGUUUUCCCGCCUUGCAGCCUCUCUUCCACCUGAUCAGCGAGAAAUUCCAUGGCCUGCAUAGGUCAGACAGGCACGAGAAGAAACUGAGCAGCACACCUGGUUUGGAUAUGCCUUCGAAUAUAGGCCCUGCUCUGAGUAGCUCGGCUAACACCUGGAGGAGUGACGUAUAG